CAUUUUGUGCUAUCUUUCAUUACAUCAGAAAGCAAGCAAGGAUGGAGGUUCGAAAAGUGAUGCUGAUGGUGGUGACACUGGCAUGGGUGACCUCGCCUACCAUACCACACCCAACAUCCAUCCCUCCCUCCACCACCACCAUUGCUCCUACCACGGUGUUGCAAAAGAGUAGUGAGGCUGGCGGAGGGUCGUCAUCGUCAUUGUGGGAGACGGUGCUCAGGUUGGACCAGAUGUUGCAACGACCCAAUGACUACAACGCUCUCAUGCUCGAGUCUGGUGAAGAGGACGACCAACUCUCAAGACUGCUGUACAAACUACAGGAAAAAGAAAGAAUGCGAGAGAGGAUGCAUGAAUCUGUGUCAAUGUUCAGCAUGAUACCCAGGAUAAACAUGCCCAUGACCAACAAUAUUGAUAUGAUGCCUCCCCAGUACAGGCCUGAGACAUCUUAUCUAAUGAGAGGAAGACCAGUAUUCUGAGUUAUCAGCGAACAGUAGCAUAAGUAACACACUGGCAGGUAAAAAAGCGAAGAAUAGAGAAUAUCCAAACUGCAAAAAAGCUGGAAACAGAUUACAUCAGAAAAGAAAACUAGGAUCAAGGAGUAAUAGGCAGAAGAAAAUGUGGAACAAAGUAAAGACAAACCGCAAGAAAAAUUCAUGAACCACAAAGCCUGUUUACUUGCAUAAUUGACUACUGCAUUUCUUCCUCAGUCAGCUAAAACUGUGCCAACAUACACAAUUACCACAAUUCUAUCCACAACUCUAAUCUUUCUUGUCUUAAACUACUGUAUAUUAUUUAUAAUAUUGUAAUACACAACCAAAUGAUGACAGGACACACUACAUAAUUCUUAAGUAUUUCACAAUACAAAGAUCAUUUGAUAGACUACAGCACACAAACCACCACAAGACCUAUCACACCUCCAGCUUUUGGAGCAUCCAUAUUUGUCAUUGCCACUUGAUACCUUCUCAGAAAAGGGUGGAAAAAAUAUGGGAAAUACAGGAUACAAGAGAAGGAUCCUAGAAGAGGAUAAAAGUAU